CUUUUGGAAAAGAAACGAGACAGAGAAAGAGAAGAAGACCCUACCUAAUACUGCUCCGGAGAGUCUGAACAGACUUCCCCAAUCGCCCACACAAACCUGAAGAGACCCAAGCAUCUGUCUUUCUCUCUCUCCCGUUCCGUUUAAGGCCUUAUCUCUAUCUGGGUUUCUUAUUUCUAGCCCAAAAUUCGUCUCUAUGCUUUGUAUAAUAGCAUGUGGUACUUCUUCAAGUGCUUGAUCUAUUUAGUUUGACGUAAAAGCUUGGCUAGGUUUUUUUUCCUUGGUACUUCCAUCAAGUUGUACAAUUUCUCUCUAGGAGUGAGCUGCAUGCCAUCUGCUUGUAUAUUUUCAAGUGAAAAGUCUCUUCAUGGCCUUAAGACCUUUUUAUGAAAGAGGAUUUCAACCCAAUGUAUCCAAUAUGGACGAUAUCCAAUUAAAUACCAGUUGGGAAGAUGUGACUUGCCCUAUAUGCUUGGACUUUCCUCACAAUGGUGUACUCCUCCAAUGCUCAUCUUAUGAGAAUGGAUGUCGUCCUUUUGUUUGUGAUACAGAUCAUUUGCACUCAAAUUGCUUGGACCGUUUCAAAAGUGCUUACGGUAUGUCAUCAGCUUCAACAUCUGAUGUGACACCUGUGGAAAACACUGAGCCAGUAGUAUCCAAAGGCAACGAUAGACCAAACUGUCCCCUGUGUAGAGGAGAGGUUACUGGAUGGGUUGUUGUUGAUAAGGCCCGUCUAUAUCUGGAUGAAAAGAAGCGUUGUUGUGAGGAGGAACGAUGUACAUUUAGGGGAACAUACUUAGAACUACAAAAACAUGCUCAACUGGUACACCCUCAUGCUCGUCCAUCAAAGAUUGAUCCUGCUCGGCAGCUUGAUUGGGAGAAUUUCCAGCAGUCCUCUGAGAUCAUAGAUGUUUUGAGCACUAUCCAUUCAGAAGUCCCACGUGGGGUGGUUUUGGGAGACUAUGUAAUUGAAUAUGGGGAUGAUGAAACUGGAGAUGAGUUUGAGGACUUUCCUGGGGAUGAAGGGAACUGGUGGACCUCUUGUAUCUUGUAUCAGGUGUUUGAUAACUUAAGGAAUUCUAGAAACAGAAGAAGGUCAAGAGUUAGUGAUACAAGAAGGGGAAAUCGCCGUACAAGUUAUGAUACUUCCAUUUCUGAUGAGGGUUCCGUAGCAUCUGUAGAAUAUUCUGACUAUAGGGUAGAUGAGACUGAUGAUGAGUUUGUGAGUACAAAUAUCCCCUCAAGGGGCAGCUCCAGUCAUCGCAGUUCUCGAAGACGCCGUUCCCGCUUUUACGACAGUUAGUGCUUGGUUAGAAGCGAAGCGAAAAACAGAGAGACGGAUCCACUGGAAGUGGAAAGCCUUCUAUGCUUGCUGCUUAUAAUGUCAAUGUUGAAACAUGGAAAAGCUACAUCUGGAUCUUAUCUUUGUUACAUUUGUGAUGGGAUAUGCUGAUUAGACAUGAAUGAACUCUACAACUUGUGGUUAUGCUAUGACCCCUUCUGUGAACUCUUCAACAUUUCUCUUUUGCUAUAAAUAUUUUUUUUACUC